AAAACGAUUUUUUUUUAUCAAAGAUCGCAAAAAUUAAGAUCAUCAAAAAUAUCCAAAGAAACCGUUAUUAAACAACAAAGUUAACGGUGUUAUUUUUAUAUUUACUGCAGAACGUAAUCCCGGAAGUUUAAUAGCAUAUCGCGGGAAACCUGUUGCCGCCAUGUUGAGUUAUUUUCACCUUGCCGUUGUAAGUUUCGUGAAAUGUUGUUUGGUUUUAAAGCAUGCACGCAUUAUCAAGGAAGACAAACUUUUUCUUAAGACAAUUGGAUUUGAAAUUCACAACUGUGGCGACUUGAGCAGUCGUAGAUAUGAAAAACUGAAGGGUAUAUUUCAGGCGAUUGUGCUACGAAAUUGCAAAGACAUGGCAAACUCAUUUUUGGAUUUCCUUCAGCGAAACGACAAUGGCAACUUUACAAUGUAUCAAAGGGAAGAAUGUAUAGACCUUUUGGUUACAUGGUAUAGAGCAUGCCUUGAAUACAACACGUAUUUUGACAAACGCCUCAAGGUUAUGUCCACUUUAGACCUGGCGGGAAUCGACAAUGUGUUGAGUUUAAAAUCAAUUCCAAUCAUAUACUGUUCAACGGUGCCAAUCCACGCAGAUGCCAAAUGUGUCCUUGAGUUUUACCCUGGGUACAAACAAAGGUCAUUCCAUCUGUUGGUAUUUGGUUCGGUUCAAAAUUUGAUGCUCAACGAUGAUCGUGGCUUCAUGAAAGAAGGGAUGAUUUCCAUGUACAUCGUGAGUGAUAUACUGAACUCGAUGGAAAAGCAGCAGGUGUUGGUGAGAAACAUGCUAGAUGAAAACAUGCACUUAUUAAAAGAGGACAAAAUUCACACAAUGGAAGGAAAAGUUGAUAUAGAAUCUCAGAGAUCGGAUUGCAAGAUGGUAGUCACUGCUGAAGUUGUAGAAUUAUCAUCAUGGAAAAUCAUAUCGCCCAGUUCAAAAAUGUGCGACCUAAAAGGGCUUAUUCCAAAAUGCACGCGCUGUGGCGGCUUCAAGAUAGGCGCUAGCUUUUUCGAAGAACACCAUGCGGUCUUACACUGGAAACUGGAAACAGACUUUACAGAAAAUCCUUCUUUAUUGUCAGAACUCCUCUGCCACUUUGAUGUAAAGGUUCAAAUGAUGACCACGCCCAUUUUGGCUAGACAAAGGAUGGUCGUGAACGUUACUUCACAAAGUCCAUUCAUGCAUUGUGAUAGGACAUUGUACCAGCGGAAGGAAUGAGCAAAGAAAGAUGUUUAACAACAACAGCGACAACAACAAAGAGGAGAUUUACAAAACAGGAAGGCAGUCCAAUCGUGCAUGAAUUGAAUCAAUCGGGGAAAACACAACCUUGGACAAUUUGAAUAAAACAUACGUUUUAAGGCCAAACUGCCCAGCAUUUUUUGUUGUGAAAUUGUGAAAUAUAAAGACAGCAUAUGAUGUUAGUCGCCCCGCUGUCCAAAACUUAAAGUAUCAUCUAACUCCAAUUGUCCAAUAUUCUAUUUGCAUUGGCAUGUGUAUACAUGUAAUUAAUUAUGAUACUGAUAUACUGAUAUGAUGCUUCGAUACCACAUGCUACAUUGUAUUAAAAUAUCUUGGUGCACGUCGUUAAUCUUUUGUUUCGUUCAACAAAAAUGCAGAGUGGUUAUGCAGGCAUUGUCACUAAACCGGAUUUAUGUUUAAGCUUUUUGCUACUGAGCAUGUUUCUGUAGCUGUUUGCAUAUAUAUUGAAGAAGAUACGAACAUACAGUAUUAUAUGCUAAAAGAGUGAUACUGCAACGGAACAAAUAAUUGUGCACAACGGCGUGUUCUUCAUAAA